CUUCCUCUGCAUCUGGAUAUCAAGGCAAGAAAGAAAAGCAGAACAGCUUAAACAAACAAGUUUUUGUAUGAAUGAUUCUUUAAAAAAAUAAAGAACUCAAAAAUUAAACAAAUGAGUCGUCUUCAGUGCCUCAGCAUCUACUUUGUAAUCAGAUUUCUUCUGGCAUGGAGUUGGGGAAUCAUGAACAGCCUGUUGUUAUGAGAGAGGAAAACAAACGGAGGAGGAGAAGAAUGAAGCCUUAUUGUACAGCAAAUAAUUUAUCUUCAAUGGAACUGAUACCCAUUGAGUUUGUUCUACCCACAAGCCCUAAACAUACUAAAACACCAGAAAUAGUGACACUCGAAAUUGCAGGCAACUGUACUGUUGAGCAGAUGAAAGCACAGAUUUGGAUGCAUGCAAUAGAAAUGAGCCAAACCUCAGACUUCUGCCAUAAAUACACCCCAGAUCAGUUUAUUCUUCAGUAUCAAAAGAAAGGACAGUGGUAUGAAAUUUAUGACAAACAUCAGGUAAUUCAGACAUUGGACUGUAUACUAUAUUGGAAAGUGUUACAGAAAAAGGUAGGCAAAAUCUAUGUUGUUCAGAAGCAGAAACCAUCAGAGGAAGUUCAAGAAUUUCAGAAGCAGCUGAAUGACUUAAUAGGAUAUGAUGUUACUGAUGUAAGUAACGUGCAUGAUGAUGAACUAGAAUUUACACGCCGCAGGCUAGUCACUCCACGAAUGAUUGAAGUAGCCUGCAGAGAUCCAAAAUUGUAUUCAAUGCAUCCAUGGAUUACUUCCAAGCCCCUUCCAGAGUAUUUGUUUAAAAAGAUUACUAAUAAUAAUAUUUUUAUAAACAUACAUAGAGGAACAACUAGCCAGAAAAUUAAAGUCUCAAUAGAUGAUACUCCAGAUAUGAUCCUUCAGAGCUUUUUCACAAAAAUGGCAAAAAAGAAAUCUUUGAUGGACAUUCCUGAAGAUCACAGUGAACUGGACUUUGUUCUCAGGGUUUGUGGCAGAGAUGAAUAUAUCACAGGGGAAACGCCAAUCAAAGAUUUUCACUGUAUAAGACAGUGCCUUAAGAAUGGGGAAGAAAUUCACCUUGUGCUAGACACUCCUCCUGACCCUAAUGAGGAUGAGGUUCAGAAAGAAGAGUGGCCAUUGGUGGAUGACUGCACAGGAGUUACAGGAUAUCAUGAACAGUUGACAAUCGAUGGAAAAGAUCACGAGAGAGUGUUCACUAUAUCUUUGUGGGACUGUAAUAGAAAAUUUAGAGUCAAGAUAAUUGGCAUUGAUAUUCCAGUGCUACCCAGAAAUACUGACAUUACUGUAUUUGUUGAGGCUAAUAUUCAGCAUGGGCAACAACUCCUUUCCCAACGAAGGACUACAUCUAAGCCUUUCACUGAAGAGGUUCUGUGGAAUACCUGGCUAGAGUUUGAUAUUAAAAUUAAAGACUUGCCUAAAGGAGCACUACUGAAUCUGCAGGUAUAUUGUGGCAAAACACAGUCAUUAGCCACAAAGGCCAACCUUCAGUCACACGAUUCUCCCAGUUCUGACUCUAAAUGCAAAACCCAGCUUCUCUACUAUGUAAAUAUUUUGUUGAUAGAUCACCGUUUCUUGUUACGAAGUGGGGAGUAUGUGCUUCAUAUGUGGAAAAUUCCAGGUAAGGGGGAAGAGCAGGGAAGCAUCAAUGCUGACAAACUUACAUCAGCAACUAAUCCUGAUAAAGAAAACUCAAUGGCAGUCUCUAUUGUUUUAGACAAAUACUGCCACCCAAUAGCUUUGCCCAAACAUAGGAUAACAUCUGAUACUCGGGGAGAUGGGGCAAGAACUGAAAUGCCAAACCAACUUCGCAAACAGCUCGAAGAGAUCAUAGCCACUGACCCACUUAACCCGCUUACUGCUGAGGACAAAGAAUUAUUGUGGCAUUUCAGAUACGAAAGCAUAAAGCACCCUAAGGCAUAUCCUAAGCUGCUUAGCUCAGUGAAGUGGGGACAGCAAGAUUUAGUGGCCAAAACAUACCAGUUAUUAGCUAAAAAAGAAGCAUGGGAUCAAAGCACUUUGGAUGUUGGACUAACAAUGCAGCUUUUGGACUGUAAUUUUUCGGAUGAAAAUGUAAGAGCAAUGGCAGUUCAAAAACUCGAGAGUUUAGAAGAUGAUGAUGUUCUCCAUUACCUUUUACAACUAGUACAGGCUGUGAAAUUUGAGCCCUAUCAUGACAGCGCACUGGCCAGAUUUCUACUAAAACGAGGUUUGAGAAACAAAAGAAUUGGUCACUUCUUAUUUUGGUUUCUAAGAAGUGAGAUUGCCCAGUCCAUGCACUACCAGCAAAGGUUUGCUGUAAUCCUGGAAGCUUACCUGAAGGGCUGUGGAAAAGCCAUGCUACAUGAUUUCAUGAAACAGGUUCAAGUAAUCGAAUUGCUGCAUACAGUCACAAUGGAGAUAAAAUCUGUUUCUGCUGAAAAGUAUGAUGUCACUUCUCAAGUUAUCACACAGCUUAAACAAAAGCUGGAAAAACUGCAGAACAACAAACUUCCAGAAAGCUUCAGAGUACCGUAUGACCCUGGACUGAGAGCAGGGGCACUGGUGAUUGAAAAAUGCAAAGUAAUGGCAUCCAAGAAAAAGCCCCUCUGGCUUGAGUUUAAAUGUGCAGAUCCCACAGCUUUGUCAAAUGAAACUAUAGGCAUUAUCUUCAAACAUGGAGAUGACCUCCGCCAGGACAUGCUUAUUUUGCAGAUUCUACGAAUCAUGGAGUCCAUUUGGGAAGCAGAAUCCUUGGACCUGUGUUUGCUACCAUAUGGAUGCAUUUCUACUGGAAACAAAAUAGGAAUGAUUGAAAUUGUGAAGGAUGCUACAACAAUUGCUAAAAUUCAGCAAAGUACAGUUGGCAACACAGGUGCAUUUAAGGAUGAAAUACUAAACCAGUGGCUUAAAGAAAGAUGUGUUAUUGAAGAAAAGUUUCAGGCAGCAGUGGAAAGAUUUGUUUAUUCUUGUGCUGGUUACUGCGUGGCAACCUUUGUACUUGGAAUAGGAGACAGACACAAUGACAACAUUAUGAUUACAGAAUCAGGCAAUCUUUUUCACAUUGACUUUGGCCAUAUUCUUGGGAAUUACAAAAGUUUCCUUGGAAUUAAUAAGGAAAGAGUCCCUUUUGUGUUGACACCAGAUUUUCUGUUUGUCAUGGGCAGUUCUGGAAAGAAAACAAGUCAGCAUUUCCAUAAAUUUCAGGAUGUUUGUGUGAAGGCUUAUCUAGCUCUUCGACAUCACACCAACCUGCUGAUCAUUCUGUUCUCCAUGAUGCUAAUGACUGGAAUGCCCCAGUUAACCAGCAAGGAAGAUAUUGAAUAUAUCCGAGAUGCACUGACAGUAGGUAAAAGCGAGGAAGAUGCUAAAAAGUAUUUCCUUGAUCAGAUUGAGGUUUGCAGAGAUAAAGGCUGGACUGUACAAUUUAACUGGUUUCUGCAUCUUGUGCUUGGAAUCAAACAAGGAGUAGAGAAGCAUUCUGCCUAACACUUUCUUUAAAGUCAUUCAAGAUAUGAAUAGGAAAUAAACAGUCUGUCUCCUUAUUUGUAGUUUUCUAAUAACAGAGCUGUUAAAAUUGAUGUUUAAUUUGCUAAUAGUUUAAAUGGGCUCUCCUAAAAACUGCAAAUUGGUUUAACCUAAGCUUCAAGAACGCCUGUCGUCUUAUUGCAGAAGUGUGUGUGUGUGUGUCUGUAUAUGCACACACAUAUACAUAUAUAUAUUAAUACUGGAGUUGUGACAGUGUAGCACCCUGCAUUCUGUUAUGUAGCUGCUUUGCUAAUGUGACCUGCAAUUUUCCCAUUUGCCUUUGUAAUAACUUCAGUUACAGGUGAAGAAGGGGCUGGGGCAAGAUGAUAGCCUGGUAACUGAAGUGUGACCUGGGUUUUUUUUUUCCUUCUCCUUAAUUACUCAUGUUUGUCAGGCCCAUCAAGAGAAGGAACAUUAUUUUUCAAGUGCAUGAUUACAUAAGUGCAGCCCUGUAGGAUGUUUAUUUCUGCCUUGGGAGGAUUUAUUACCAAGGUUUCUUCACCCUCAUUCAUCUCCUUUACCUUUAACUCCACUUGUCUUCUGACUCUUUUUCAAACUUAAAGUUGCUCAACAGAAAAUGACACUCCCUCUACUAUCUAGGGAAAACUAUGCAUUAUGGUUGUCUUAGCAUCCUGAACCAUGAAGGGCAGGGCUGGGUUGGCACUUCUUCAGAAAAUCUUUGUUUUCAAGUUCCUGAGUUUGCUUCUAUAAUUUUUUUAAGUUUAAAUGUUUCAACUUGGUGUUCUUCUAAAUGCCUUAUUCUUAAUGGGGAACAUCCACCAUAUUAUAUGGCAGAUGGAUGCUUCUGUUAUUUUGUGGUUAAAUUACUAAAAGUCUGCCUGUAUAGUGAAAGCUUUACUAAAACAAGGUAAUGAAUGGUACUUCCUCAUUCUAAAAAUGAAAUUCUUAUCUGAGAACAGUUCACGUUUCACCAAAUGUUGGAGAAGUCCAAAGGUUAUUUAUUCAGUGAUGUAUUUUGGGGUAAAACCUAUUAGGAACUAAAUAUCAUCAUUGAAAUUAUGUAUAUUUUGUUAUUUAUGGUGUUUAUUUUUUUAAACUUUUCAAACAAUUGUUUAUUCAAAAGUUAUUUAUAAAAGAAAUGAAAUUCCUUGUUUUUAGUUUAGCAGUAUAUUUAAAUGAAAUCUAAAGAGAGAAGAAAAUAUAACAGGCAAGUGCUGGGUCACUUUUAACUUUCUCUUUAGUAGGAAAUCUGAAAAUGAUUGAGCCUUUUAACACACACAGAAAAGCAAAAUAUUGCAUGAAUUUUGCCUGGAGUUCAAUGAUUGCAGUGGUCUCCCUGCUGAUCUGAUUGACUUGCCAAAGAGAGAAAUUGGCUUACAUUAUUGAUUAUUAGCACUUUUGCCUGUAUAAUUCCUUCUUUUGUUCCAUUUUUACAGAGUCUGAAUCAGCAUUGGUCAAGUGAAUUGCUAUGUUUUAUUAUUAUUUGCAUCAAUCAUUUCACUGAUCAGAUUUUAACUGCUGCAAGUGAGCGUGCUCUUGAAGGAUUUGUAAUACAUGUACUGUAACUGGUGUCUCAGUUACGAGACAUAUAGCCCAUCUAUUUUUUUAAAUGUAGGCGCUUAAUUAGUUGUUCUGCACAGAGAUAUUUUGAUGUAUAUGGUAAAAUUUAAUAAGGAAAUGUUAAAAGCUUAAAUGUUAUGAAAUCAAUUUUUGUUCUGCUGCAGUACCCCAUACAGGACAGGUUUAAAAUCAUGCUGAGGUGUGAAAUGUGAGAGUAUUGUAAUAUGAUGUUCCUGGAUUUGUUCUUUGUAGUUUUGAAAUUAAUUGUCAAGUUGUAUACAUUUGAUGAUAAAUCAUGAAUAAAAGGAUUUUUUUUUCCAAAA